UCUGCCUUGAAAUUUCAGUGGCAGCUUUACACUUCUCGCAUCCAACUCGCGACAUUCCGUAACACAACCAAGAAAAAAAACAUGACGAAGACGACGACGAUGCUCGCUGUCGCCGGCAUUGCCGUUGGCAGCCUGGUUGCAUAUGCAGUCUACUUCGACUACAAGCGGAGAACGGACGCCAAUUUCCGCAAGCAGCUUCGAAAGGACAAAAAGCGUGUUGCAAAGAACCAGGCAUCGUCGGAGGCGUCUGCGAGUUCUAGCGGAGUUGACGUGGACGAACUGAAGCAUGCGCUGGAGACAGUGAGGCAAGAAGAAGUCCCGACAACUCCUGAGGAGAAGGAAAAGUACUUCAUGGCACAGGUCGGCAUGGGAGAACAGCUUUGCGCAAAGGGUCCUACGUUCAACCUCGCUGCAGCGUUGUGCUUCUACCGUGCUCUCCGUGUCUAUCCGUCACCGGUAGAACUGAUUGUGAUCUACGAAAGGACGGUCCCUCCGCCCGUAUUCCAGAUUGUCAUGCAAUUGACUAACAUGGAUGUCAAGGAACGCGUCGAAGGUUACUAUGAUUGCUUCCCACCGAAAGCGAUGAAUGUAGCGGUUAAGACAAUCGAAGUUCCCGUGAAAGAUCAGCCGGAGGCUUUCACGAAAAAGAAAAUCCUCGUUUGCACGAAAGACAUCGAAGCUGGUGAACUUAUCUACAAGGAAGAGGCCAUUGUCACUGCUCUGGAUUCGGACCUACAAGGAAAAGGAACGCACUGCAAUCACUGCUUACGCAGUCUUGACCCUUCUAAUGCUGUCCGCCCCGAAUCUGACCGUCUCGACUCCGCCUACUGCUCCACAGAAUGCCUGGAUAAAGCGAAAACCCAGUCUCAAAGUCUUCUAUUCUCCCUCGAUUCACCUCUGCCUGCUCUCCUAGCGCCCGCAAUCCCGCCUGCGGCUAGGACAGCUCGCGACGAGGCACAACAGGCAUUCGCUGACUACCUGAAAAAACAUGGCAAAGCCGCCCCACAACUUGUUGCGCGAUUCAUCGCACGGCAAGUCUCGGCAGAGACUGCCAAGAUGAUCCCGCCUGGACUUAGCGGUAUGAAGGGGGCAGAACCCGUUCUUACGGAUGGCGGAGACUACACGCUGUAUGAUCACCUCGAGAGGCUGCGUUACUUGGACGUGACCCCAUCGGAGGAGGAGACGAAGAUAUUGAGGGAGGUAUUGCAACAUGCCUUACCUGGGCUCGAGCAGUUUGUGACGGAGGAGAGGCACGCAACGUAUCUCGGUGGAAUGAGUUAUAAUGCGUUUGGAGUGUACUUCGGUGAAGGGAGGGACGACAAGCCUGAGCCUACCGAACGUCCGGAGGACGUUGAGAAGUCGCGGACGCCGUUAGGCACUCAGAAGCAAGUUGGUGUUGGGUUCUAUGCUGUGUCAUCUUACCUCAAUCACUCAUGUAUGCCUUCCGCUCGUCCCUCAUUCGACGAAGGCACCGCUGAGUUGCAUCUCAUUGCCAACCGCCCCUUGAAAGCUGGGGAUGAGGUCACGGUAGCCUACGUUGACGUAACCCAAAAGGAGGGUGAGAGCGUCGAUGAGGCACGCCGAAGGAGGCGUAUCGAGCUCGUUCGAGGCUGGAGGUUUGCGUGCACGUGCGAGCGAUGCGCGCAGGAGUCGAAUGGAAUCGAUGAGUCAGCGAAGGACGAGUCCAAGGUGUCCGAUGCAGUGAAAAGGGUAGAGGGUGCGUAGUACGUUUGGGUAGGUGCUUGAGGCUGUCGACCGGAGAUGUGGGUGGUACCUACCAUUUAGUGCUCUUUUAAUGAUCGGUUUGAUUCUAUCGAUACGUAUAUGUAUGUCCUCGCCACUCACUGCACUCCAACUUGAAUCUAGCUAUGUCUAUACAUAGAAGUCUGCAAUCUGCACUGCAUCGUCGU